UGGCACACACUGGAUGAAUCAACAUUGUUUCCACAAUAUUUCAACAAAAUUGCGUUGAACCAAUGUGGAAUAGACAUUGAAUUGACGUAUGUGCCCAGUGAGUAGUGUAUGGUGAGAAACUUGUUGUGCAGAGACACUCUGACAGAGAGAGAAGCAAAGGAGAGAGUGAGGGAGAGGACAAUGGUUAAAAUGGCUGUUUUGGGACUGCUUGGGUCCCUUUUAUAUCUGCUAACAGGUGUCAGUGGAGAAACUCUCUCUAUGUUCUCCAGAGAGGGAGAUGAUGUCAGUCUGCCGUGUAACAAUGUGGUUAAUCCAGACUGUUCCUCAACUGUAUGGACCUAUAACAGAGAUGUAUCUACUGGUACUAUUGAAGUAGUUGAAUUUGGGAAGAUCAAAGUUGAGAUGAUAGAGAGAGCAGACAGACUGAGUUUGGGGUCUGACUGUUCUCUACAUGUUAGUGAUGUCAGAGCUGAGGAUGCUGGACUCUACACUUGUCGACAGUUCCUUAUCUCCUCUACCCCACCAGUGACAGAUCUGAAGCCUAUGACGUUACGGUGUUCUCUGCUCACCUAUGAGGGACAUGAAAGGUACAACUCAGGAGUUAGUCUCAGCUUGGUGCCUGAAACAGGUACUAAUACCCAGGUCACACAAUAUUCUCCCUGUGACAUCACUCUGACUGUGACACUCCAGAGGGAGGACAACAACAGGAAGUGGACGUGCACGCUGACUGAAAAGGGAAACGUGAAGAUCUCCAUUGACUUCACCUCCACAUUCUCAG